AUGGCUGACCUUCUUAAGGGAGUGAAAUUGCAGAAGAAAGACGGUAGUAGCGCAAAUGCUGAAGACGUGCUCAAGGAUAAAGUCGUAGGAUUGUACUUCUCAGCUCAUUGGUGUCCACCAUGCCGUCAGUUCACUCCCGUGUUGAAGGACUUCCACGAUGAACUUGCAGAUAGUGGAGAAUUUGAGAUUGUGUUUGUGUCUUUCGAUAGGAGUGAAUCUGAUCUUAAAAAGUAUUUGGAGGAAGCCCACGGCGACUGGUAUCACAUUCCCUUCGGAUCUCCUAAAAUCCAAGAACUCGCUACAAAGUACUCUGUUAGCGGCAUUCCUGCUUUGAUUAUAAUCAGCUCAGAUGGCAAAGAAAUAACCAAGAAUGGAAGGAGCGAUGUUCAGGGCAAAGCACCUAAAGCUGCUCUUAGUGCAUGGAAAUCCGCUUAA